ACCAUCUUUGAAUAGAAUUUCUGUGACUGUGUUUGUUGUCAAAAGUUGCACGUGCAGAAAGGUUCACAAAUAUAUAUACAUUUUUUAAUUGACUGUCUAUUUAUCAUAAAAAAUUAAGUUUACGUUUAAUACUGAUAACACAGAGAGAACGUGAAGCUGAUUUCACAUCCCCUUCUUCCGGAGCGAUUCAACAACAACAGGAUGCCCGGUCGAAAGAAAAGUUUAAUUAGGGAGGCCUACGACAAGCACAUAUCAGAGAGAGCGGUCUCGUACCAGAGAGUGGUCAACGUUGUGGAGAGGAGGACUGCAGUAACAACACCUGAGCAUGAAUAUGACAGAGAAUUUGAAUACGAAACCAGUCGCUAUAGCAGGAUUCAAAGUUACCAUGACAAUGACCAGAGAGGAUACCAUAGCGACAGCAUUCACCUGGGAAACGAUCGUGGAUACCAUGGCCACAGUACUGCCAUAGGUAGCAUCAGAGGGCGGAACUCCCCAAACCCCCGACAGGAGGAUUACAGAGAUUCAUACUACAGGGCAUUCCGAGAUGACGUUCCGGUUGGACUUCAAGGAGAGAGGAGGGACAGCAGUGGAACAGGUCUCCCCCCCACCCACAGAGGUCAAGACUUAGCUCCUCUCAUGAGGACUCUGUCUUCGGCCCACCUGGACAGAAUAGACCCUAAGCUCAUUCAGGCCCUGAUUCUCUUGGGCCGAGGGAAGGACUCUGAGGAUUUUUUAAGAAGGGACCUGGGCUCCUACCCAACUGGCACUGCCAGGGACCCCUAUGCUACAGUACGAGACCGCUCUCCCGUUAGAAGGGAUAACCCGCCAGGCCCUCUUCCCAGGAGGGGAACUCCACCUGCUCCUAUUUCCCGGAGGGGAACUUUACCUGCUCCUAUUCCCAGGAGGGGUACCCCACCUGCUCCUAUUCCCAGGAGGGAUGGCCCGCCAGGCCCUGUUCUAUGGAGGGAUACCCCGCCAGGCCCUGUUCCCAGGAGGGAUACCCCGCCAGGCCCUGCUCUCAGGAGGGAUACCCCGCCCGGCCCUGCUCCCAGGAGGGAUACCCCGCCCGGCCCUGCUCCCAGGAGGGAUACCCCGCCCGGCCCUGCUCCCAGGAGGGAUACCCCGCCCGGCCCUGCUCCCAGGAGGGAUACCCCGCCCGGCCCUGCUCCCAGGAGGGAUACCCCGCCCGGCCCUGCUCCCAGGAGGGAUACCCCGCCCGGCCCUGCUCCCAGGAGGGAUACCCCGCCCGGCCCUGCUCCCAGGAGGGAUACCCCGCCCGGCCCUGCUCCCAGGAGGGAUACCCCGCCCGGCCCUGCUCCCAGGAGGGAUACCCCGCCAGGCCCUGCUCCCAGGAGGGAUACCCCGCCAGGCCCUGCUCCCAGGAGGGAUACCCCGCCAGGCCCUGCUCCCAGGAGGGAUACCCCGCCAGGCCCUGCUCCCAGGAGGGAUACCCCGCCAGGCCCUGUUCCCAGGAGGGAUACCCCGCCAGGCCCUGUUCCCAGGAGGGAUACCCCGCCAGGCCCUGUUCCCAGGAGGGAUACCCCGCCAGGCCCUGUUCCCAGGAGGGAUACCCCGCCAGGCCCUGUUCCCAGGAGGGAUACCCCGCCAGGCCCUGUUCUCAUGCACUCUGGGCUUAACACCAGCAGAAGGAGCUACUCCUCAGACCGGGACCAAAAUAGCUUUUCCUACCAGCAAAGCCAACAGAGAAAGUAUAAUGAAGAGCUUGUCACCCUGAGCAGAGAACCAGAUGCAUCCCUGUUACUUGGCCAUGGUGUUUCUCUGGAUGGGUCGCCUCAUAGCUGUACGGCAACCAAGGAGGAGUGCACACCCGCCCCCUCCCUGUCCACAGGGCCGGAUGAAAUGGUGACCGUUAAGGAGCCGGAACAGGCGGAAGACAGCAACUUUAAGACACGCCGCUCUCAAGCCAUUGCUGCUAAAGCCCUCGAAAUCGAGAAGUUAUACAAGCAGGACUGUGAGACCUUUGGCACAGUGGUGAAGAUGCUGGUGGUCAAGGAGCCCAGUUUGGAGAAGCUACUCCAGAACCCCCUGAAGGACAACCUGAUUGAGAUCCGCGAGCGUUGCCUCAAUGACCUCCGACACUUCAUCAUAGAGCUGGACCAGGUCACUAACAAGGCCUGACCCGUCCAAUGUGGGGAUCAUGGGAGGACUUGGGAGUGGCGUUAAGAGGUUCUGAAAGGAGAUUACUUUGUAAGUUGUAAGACCUUCUCUUCAUACUUUGCCAAGAUGUCGGCUUUGAAGAGGGGGGGGGAAACAAGUGUUCGUAUAGCAUUAUAUUUUAUCUUUUACAGGAAAACAGGUACAUUGUGUUUAUUUUGUGGUUAAAUCUUAGUGCCAAAAUGCUGCUUAGUAUUAAUUAUAAAGGCUGCAACAGUAAUGUUGCCCAGAUGUAAGUGAUAAAACAUUUCCAAUGUUAACUUGUGUAUUUUAUAGAAUUUAAGGUAAUUAAAGUUACAUUUUUGAAACAUUAAUAACAGAGGCAGUUCUGUUUUGAUUAGACUUAAAAUAGUUCUGAAUUUCAGCUUUAUUACUGAAAGCCUCAUGUCCAAGCUGUAAUUUGUUCACUCCUUAGUAACAUUUCGAAGACAUAAGCAGAUGGGCUUUUUGCCAAGUGUUAAACAACUGAAUCAUACUGAUUCUUAUGAGCAUGUGUUCGGAAGGAAUUGUAAAAAUAUACUCUUUGUGAAAUGCAUUCAAUGUCCUUAACAUUUGUCAGUGUAUUGAAAUGAGAAGUCUGAAUGUUGUUUUGAGUAACUCCUUUUUUCCUGGAGAAAGCGGUGCCUGGAAAAAACAUGACUGUAAUAUUUACUGUCCUAUUUUACAUCAGAGGCGUUAAACUUAUUCCAAGGAGGUCUUCGGUUUGUUUGUAUUCCACUUCAAGUGAGAUGUAGUUAGUGACUAAUCACUGACUGCUAUUGAUUAAGUAGAGGGUGAAAACCCAGAAACACUCAGCCCUCACUGGAAUGAGUACAACUUGCAUGCUUUACAUGUUCUUCAGGUCAAUACUUCACAUGGUAAUAGAAGGUUAGAGCAUGUAGUUGGUGCUCUCCACACAAGGCAUUCCUUAAGAAGCACACCACUUCUCUGCCAGUGUUUUUUUUUUAAACUCCUGUUGGAAUAAACUGGUCUGGUAAUGUUAUCUUUAUCUUUAUUACAAUUAUCAUCGAGCCUUAUUUUCCAGUUUUUACAUUUAUACAGAUGACGGUGAUCUGUUUAUAAUACAAAAUGGCCCAUAAAUAUGACCCAA